GUUCAUGGCCUAAGGGGCAGGCAUGACGCGGACGCAGAGAACCGAAGGAGUCUAGGUUCGCUUCAUGUAAAUCUGCGUGGGCCCUACUCCCAUAGCUUCUCCAUAAGCCCCGAGACAUGGGCGAACUCAAAUAUCUCUUGGCUUUCUCUAUUGAUUCAGCCCACUUACUGUCGGUUUAAUUUUCCUUUGAAAUCCUAGGUAAGUGCUUGCGAUGAAAUAUUUACUGAUUUAGGGGAAGAUCAUAACGAUUGAAAUCUGUUCUCUUUUAUGCAUCACUCCACCGCGUGACUGUGUGUGGCCUUCCUACCUACAGAAAGGACAAGGUGAUUCGGGUCUUCCUAUUUCAUCUCUUGGUAUAAUCGCAGCUUUCUUUGAUCAUCCUGAGGUUCUUCUUCUUCUUUUUUAAGUUAGUUAUUUCCAAAAAUAGAAAGAGUAUGAAGAGUUUGGGCAGAUGCGAUUGUUAGAUCUCGAGUCUUGAAUUCCGCAGAUUAUGCGUCCGCAUCUUACGAAUUCUGCUGGUGGACGAAGCUUCACUUGCCUUUCUAGAAUAGACUUGGAUAAGAUUUGGAAUAUGAUGUUUUUUUGCGGAUGAUAUUCAAACAGACUAACCAGACAAGGCGCCAUGGAAAAAGCAUCAGCCUUUCUUUUGUUGGCUUAUUACGUCGUCGUCUCCGUUUCUGCCAUCGAUAGUGAUUAUGCGCAAUGCAAUUGUGACGAAGAAGGGCUUUGGAGCAUACAUAACAUUUUGGAGAGCCAAAGAGUUAGUGACUUCUUUAUUGCCAUAGCAUAUUUUUCAAUCCCCGUUGAACUCCUCUACUUCGUUAGCCGCUCCAACCUACCCUUCAAAUGGGUGUUCCUUCAAUUCAUUGCAUUCAUAGUCCUUUGUGGCUUGACGCAUUUACUUAAUGCAUAUACUUAUUAUGGACCUCACUCCUUCCAGUUGGUGCUCUCCCUCACAAUUGCUAAACUCCUUACAGCUCUGGUCUCUUGUGCAACUGCAAUUACCCUUUUUACUCUGAUUCCUCUUCUUCUCAAAAUCAAGGUGAGGGAGCUCUUUCUGAAGCAGAACGUGUUGGACUUAGACCAGGAGAUUGGAAUGAUCAAAAGACAAAAAGAAGCAAGCUGGCAUGUUCGUAUGCUGACUCGGGAAAUUAGGAAGUCUCUGGAUAAGCAUACAAUCUUGUACACUACACUUGUUGAGCUUUCUAAAUCAUUGGACUUGCAUAACUGCGCUGUUUGGAUGCCAAAGGAGGAUGGACGAGAAAUGGACUUAACCCAUGAGUUGAAAACAAGAAACCCCAAGAUUUAUAACUAUUCUAUUCCCAUAAACGACCCAGAUGUCUUAGAGAUAAGAAAGAGUAAAGGGGUAAGGAUUUUGAGACCUGAAUCAGCACUAGGAGCCGCAAGUAAGGGGGGAUCUGGGGAGUCAGGUGCUGUUGCAGCUAUUCGUAUGCCACUGCUUCAUGUUUCAAAUUUUAAAGGGGGGACGCCUGAGUUGGUUGAUACGUCCUAUGCUAUUCUGGUUUUAGUUCUUCCAAAUUCAAACUCUAGGGCUUGGAGCCACCAGGUGAUGGAGAUAGUGGAGGUAGUUGCUGAUCAGGUCGCUGUAGCCCUGUCUCAUGCAUCUGUUCUUGAAGAGUCUCAGCUUAUGAGACAAAAACUGGCAGAGCAAAACCGAGCCUUGCAACAGGCUAAAAAGAAUGCAAUGAUGGCCAGUCAGGCAAGGAAAUCAUUUCAGAAAGUGAUGAGCCAUGGUAUGCGCAGGCCUAUGCAUUCAAUCCUGGGUUUGCUUUCAAUGUUUCAAGAGGACAAUUUGAGAUCUGAGCAAAAGAUUAUAGUUGACACAAUGAUCAAAGUUGGCCAUGUUCUUUCAAGUUUGAUUAAUGAUGUGAUGGAGAUUUCGGUAAAUGAUAAAGGAAGCUUCCGGUUAGAGAUGAAACCUUUCAAUUUACAUUUGAUGAUGAGAGAAGCUGCUUGUAUUGCUAAGUGUUUAUGUGUACAUAGAGGCUUUGGUUUUAAAAUUGAAGUCCAGAAGUCGUUGCCUGAUCUGGUGAUAGGGGACCAGGCAAGGGCUUUUCAAGUAAUUUUGCAUAUGAUUGACUAUUUAUUGAACAUUUAUGAUGGAGAAAGGACUUUCAUUUUUCAAGUUUAUCUUGAAAAUGAUAACAGCAAUAAGGACGAUAAUUUUUUGGGAAUAUGGAGAUCAGGCGUGCAAAAUGAUUAUGUAUAUAUAAAAUUUGAUUUUCAGAUAACUGGUACAAGCUCACGGUCAGACGAAUCAAUUUCAACAAGACGCUAUGCUGGUGGAAGGCACUACAACAAUGAACCUAAUGAGGACCUAAGCUUCAGCAUGUGCAAAACUUUGGCUCAGAUGAUGCAGGGCAAUAUCUGGUUAUCACCGAACGCUCUAGGUUUGGCGCACAGCAUGACACUUGCUCUCAAGUUUCAGAUAGGGCCAUCUCACGGAAGAGCCAUUUUAGCACCUAAAGAUCCUUUGGACUCUCGGUUCAGAAGCCUGAAGGUUGUGUUAACCGACGAUGAUGAUGUAAACAGGACAGUGACGAAGAAACUUCUUGAGAAGUUGGGUUGUCAAGUAACUGCUGUUUCAUCGGGGUUUGAAUGCCUGGGUGCUAUAAGUGCAUCUGGUGACACAUUCAAAGUCAUCCUUUUGGAUCUGCACAUGCCUGAAAUGGAUGGUUUUGAUGUGGCUAUGAGGAUACGGAAGUUCCACAGCCGCAACUGGCCCUUGAUCAUUGCUCUCACAGCAAGUGCAGAAGAAGAUGUGAUGGACAAAUGCCUGCGGGUUGGAAUGAAUGGAUUAAUUCGAAAACCUAUUCUUCUGCGAGAGAUGGCGGAUGAACUUAGAAGAGUCCUGCAACGCGCAGGCGAAACAUUGUGAGAACUGAUAAGAUUAGGACGAUGCCAAAAAGUUACCAAAGCAUAUAAAACCUAGGCAUUCUGACUAAGGAGAACUGAAUCUAGAGUUCUUUGACAAAUAAAUUUGGGGGGUUCAUUUUGUUAACCGUGCUCUUCAUCGAGCUUCUUUCCGCCAAAUUAUGGGUUAUGGUAUGAGGUCCAAGAAUUCAGCGUACGCCCCUUGUGGUAGCAUGUACUUGAUUUUAUGGUACAGAUAUCUGGGGGUUAAAACGAACUUUAGCAUUUUGGAAUAUAAAUCGUACAGUUAAUUUUACGUUCUAA